AUGGCCUCACGUUCCAUCCCGAGGCCAAGACCGUCAAGGAGACUAUUCGCUAGGGUGGCUAGCCGAGAGCCGGGGGGGAGCCAUCACUUGACUCCCCCCGACCCUAAAAGUUGGGCCAACACGGACACCCCCGCGGAUAAAGAAGAGAGGGGACGGUCACCCGGCGCUAGGAGUAACGAGGCCUAUCAAACCGGCGGCAUGCCGGCAAGAGCGUUCGAGAGGGGGGAUUUCAGCCAGCGGGACCCCGGGCAGUUCGACCAGAUGCCUUCCGAGCGACAGCCGCCGAGGUUGGGACAGCAUGCGGGCAGAGGGGCCUUUAGGGGACACGGCCAAACGCGGGCAGAGAGGUGGCGGCAGAAUGUUAGGGCCUUCGACGAGCUUCCUCCUCGAUUCGGACCGGGUGCUCCACCCGAGCCAAUGCAGGAUUACCCCGGAGAGUUUGCUGGACUUGAUUCACCUCGGGAGGCUCCUCCUCACCACGGUCACCGAUGCCAGCCACUCUACGGGCGCGUCAACUUCAAUCCCUUUAUGGAUGACCCGCGCGAAGAGCGGUUUCGCGCUAUACCAUGGAUGCGUUUGGAUUUUCCCAAGUUUGGUGGGCAAGACGCACAAGAGUGGACCUACAAGACCCACCAAUAUUUUAUAUGCCAGCAAGUGCCACGAGAUCUAUGGGUGUCAAUAGCCGUAUGCCACUUCGAAGGAGAGGCCAUGAGGUGGUACAAUUGGAACUAUAGGGGUCUACCCGAGCCUCCUUGGGAAGAGUUGGUCCAAGAAGUCCUUGAUCGCUUUGGAGAGUCCGCGUUUCAUGACUACGAGAUUGAGCUCAAGGCUUUAUAUCAAACGGGUUCCGUUAAGGACUACCAAGCCCGAUUUGAAGAUUUGUCUAGCAUGGUGCACGCUUGGCCCGAGGGAGCCCUUAUUUUGAGUUUUAUUGGAGGCAUUCGUGAGGACAUCAAGCUGGAAUUGAUGACGGGCCGCCCUCAACGAUUGAAAGAAUGUUAUAAGAAGGCGAAUAAGAUUGAGGAGAAGAUCCGCCGGCUGGCCGCGUACCAUCGGCCAGCCAGCCCGGGCACGCCUAGCCGAGGCCGGCCCUCGCUUUCACCUUCACGGCUACCCCAGCCGAGGCCUCGCACGCCCGAGCGCUAUUCGCCGGCCAGCUCCCCGCGCAAGCCAUUUACUCCACGGGUGAAAAUUAUCACACCGCAAGAGCGCGAUGAGAGGAUCAAACAGGGCAUGUACUUCUAUUGCCCUGAGAAGUAUGUGAGAGGGCAUAAGUGUCGGGCAAACAUGAUGUAUCACGUGCUAGAGGAUGAGGAGACUGCCGACAGCCCUAGAGGGGACCCUCCACCCGAGCAUGACGACGCCGACAAGGGAGAGCCCACCGACCGACAGGCCUUGGUUCCACAGGCAUAUUUCUCUAUCUCUCGGCCCCCUACGCCUAAUUCUAUGAGGAUCGAAGGGACAGUUGGAGGCGUGAGGGUGAUGGUCCUUGUAGAUACCAGUGCGACGCACAACUUUAUUAGUCGGCCGGUAGCUAUAUCUUCGAGUUGUAAGCUCAAGGCUUACCCUCCUUUUGAGGUAAUGGUGGGGGACGGUGCCCGUAUUCCUUGCCGUGAGGUGUGUGAAGACGUCAGUAUCAGGAUUCAGGACACGGACUUUCGGGUAGACCUUUUUGUCCUAGCUCAGUGUGGCACAGACAUCAUUCUUGGGGUUCAGUCGAUCAAGAUGCUUGACGAGAUCACAUUCAACUUCAAGGAAAUGACCUUGAAGUUUCCCCGUGCCGACGGGCAGCAUGCCACCUUGAGGGCUCUUGACGGACCGGUUCAGCCCAAGGAGGUCCUCCGAGCACUACAGGCCCAAGAGCCGGCCUACCUCCUUUUGUCUUGUGUGGACGAGCAGCCAGCCGUCCAAGGAGAGACGCCGCAGCCCGUUUCACUUCUUUUGGGGGAAUUCACGGACGUCUUCCGAGAGCCCAAGGGGCUACCUCCGCCACGGGCUCACGACCACUACAUACAGCUUGUCCCCAGUACCACAGCGGUUUGUGUUCGGCCUUACCGGUACGCCCACGCUCAGAAGAGCGAGUUAGAGAAGCAGAAGCACGACGGAUCUUGGCGGUUUUGCGUGGACUACCGAGCCCUCAACGAGGCCACGCUCAAGGACAAGCAUCCUAUACCCGUGAUUGACGAGCUCUUGGACGAGCUCUCGGGUGCACGAUACUUCUCGAAGAUUGAUCUACGGUCCGGUUACUUUCAGAUUCGGAUGGCGUCUGAGGAUAUUUCCAAGACGGCCUUCCGCACCCACGACGGACACUUCGAGUUUUUGGUGAUGCCAUUCGGCUUGACCAAUGCACCAGCCACCUUCCAAUAG